CGUCAAUCGAAUCAAAGAUGGAUGAGAGAAUACAAACACUGAUUUCCUGGGGACAGGAAAAUGGUGUCAAGUUGCACCCGUCUGUCGAGGUUUACCAAGAUGAACUCACUGGUCUAUCGUUCCGGGUAAAACCAGACGCCCAGGAGAAUGUUGGAGAAUACGAAACCAUCAUCAGCAUUCCUAGCACCAUUACACUAUCCUUCACCGACGCUGUUGGAGAGAAAAGCCCAUUUAAGAACAAGGAGCAGCUAAUCGCUCGCUUGGAGCCUCACGUUAUCAGCCGCCUCAUGCUUAUGAGAGAAUAUCUGCAGGGCAAGCAAUCAUUCUGGUGGCCAUAUAUUCAGGCGCUGCCGCAGCCAGCAGAAACUGAUUCGUGGCUGCUACCGCCUUUCUGGCCUGGAGAUGAAGUUGCUCUGCUCAAGGGAACAAAUGUCGAGUUUGGUAUUGCGAGCAUCGCCGAGAACCUGAAGCGAGAGUUUGAAGAUUUGCAGGACGCUCUGGGUGAGGGCGGUGACGCUGAUCUGGCCGCCGGGGCUACAUAUGAGCUUUACAGCUGGGCAUAUGCUAUCUUCUCUAGCAGAAGCUUUAGACCAAGUCUCGUGCUGUCGGAAGAAAAGCAAAAGAGUUUGCCAGCUGGUGUAAAGGUGGACGACUUUUCCGUCUUGAUGCCGCUGUUUGAUAUUGGCAACCAUGAUAUUACUCGCCCAGCCAGAUGGGAGCUGGAGAAGCACGAUUCUUGUACCCUCAAGAUUGGCAAGGUACACUCUGCUGGUGAACAAAUCUUCAACAACUACAGCAUGAAGUCGAAUGCCGAGCUGUUGCUGGGUUACGGGUUCAUGAUUCCCCCGCGAGACGACCUGCACAACGACUACAUUCACCUCCGAAAGCGGGCACCUAUUCCGGGACAGGCCUUUGGCGACGAAUACUUUCUGUCGCGACGACCAAUGAGCGAUCCCAGCUCUAUUAUGAUCCGCUCCAAGCUCACGCCCACUAUGAUUCAGCAGGCGGACAAGACUCUGCUUGCCCUUCAACAUGUUCAGCCCCAGAUGAUCUGGGAUAUUGUCACGUUAGUUGCCAGCCCGGAGCAACGAGAAGCUCUGUUCCCUGUUCAAGGCAAAGAAGGCGAAGAAGCAGAUGAGGCACGCCUGGGCAUGCUCCUUUCUGGUGCCAUCAGCGAGGAGAACAAGGGGCUUCUGGAGCGUGUGGUUGGCACAAUUCAAGGGAAGCUGAUUCAGGAACUGGAAAAGCUGAAUGAACACGAUGUGGAGGUUGAUGAAGAGGAUCUUGAGCUGCUAACGCGCAAUCAAAAGCUUGCCAUUGACUACCGUCAAAGGUGUCGUGUUGUCCUCGAGAGGGCCUUGGAGGCAAUGGAUAAGGACGAAUACUUUUAUUAGAGUAGAUACGAGGUAUAUGACGUUUCCAAAUUUUACA